UAAUUUACGAUUGAAUUUUCAGGGAAAUGUAAACAAUAAUCGAAGUGUUUAUUGCAGAACUUUGUUAUUAUUGAAACGUGAAGUACAUAAAAUAUAGUUUGAUCAAUAUUAUAAUAAUCUUUUUUGAUACAAUAGUUCUUGAAUUGUGUGCUAGAAAAUUUUUUACGUCAACAAAACUAGAGAUCGAUCUCACAAUUGAUUCGUUUAUAGUAGCGUCUUAACCUCUGUGUAGCAUCAUAAACUUCAAAGAGUUAUGUUGAUUUGAUUAAAAAACAUGAUUAAUUUUUUUAAUGUUUAUAAACAACGUUCUUUACAAAAGCUUAUAGUUAAAAUAUGACAGUGUAUUAAAAGAAUAAAAGAUGACAAAGCACAUAUAGUUCGUGAUUAUGGAGUAUGACUCUGCAUCGAACUGUGAUGAUCAUCUGCGAGAAUAUGAAACUUCAGAAGAUCUUCGGCAUUUAAGAGAAAUACAUAAACUUGAACGUCCAACCUGUACUACAAGUUCAGCACCAUGGCAUUCUCUGCAGGUUGUGACAUCACAAUCAAAACUCAAAUCAGGGACAACAAACAAAAGUCUUUCUUCUCAGGUGAUGGAAUAUUAUCACAAGUAUUCUCAAAAUGCAAAUUUGGAUCAAUAUUUUUCACUGCCUUCAACUAGUACAUCACCAGAAGCGGUUAAAUGUUAUUAUAGCAUAUAUGAAGUAAAUCCGAAAUUAGAGGUUAAUAGACAGGAUUGUAUAGGAGAGGAAUAUAAUUUAAAAUCUUAUGUGCCUAGAGAAAGAAGAAGAUGGACGAGACCACCUCUUAUUGGUCAAUCUUCAAAUACAGAAUCAUCAUCCAGAUAUGUCCAAACUCCGUUGUCAAAUCUUAAAUCUCCAUCACCUGAUUUAAAACAUAAUACAUCAGAAACAAUCUUAGAAGAAAAAAAUGAAAAUCAGGAGAUAUUAACAGAAGCUAUAGAAAGAAAAAUACCUUCUCCAACUUCUAGUAUUGCUUCUCAUAAGCCACUCGAAUGGGAUAGUGGAGCGGAUGUUGGUUAUUUUAAUACAAUACCCAACAAUAAACAAAAUGAUAAAAAAUUAAGUACAAUAGAACGAAUGGCUUUAGCUAAAGGUUGUUCCGCUGCUUUAAGAUUGGAUCCUGAAGGUACCACAGAAUCAGGAAUCUCUGGAAAACUUGCAGGAGUUCAAACAAAUUCGACUAAUUCUAUGAUUCCUGAUGCUAAUUCUACUCCAUUGUUGGGAAAUGCUUCAGGAUCGGAAAGCGAAAUUGAAAUUACACCGAUUGUGAAGAAUCAUUUACCCGGUAUAAUAUCGGGAAAUGGAAUAAAAUCUAACGAAAAAUUUUUUUCUAAGGAUCUCAAACACCAAAAUAUUUUAAUGCAGUAUUCGAAAAAAGAGUACAACUAUGACACUCCAAAAUCGACUUUUGCAUCUAAGAUACCUUUUGCAAAAUUCGCGACUGAGGUAAGAAAAGUAUCGAACAAACAGAAUACGAACAAAGAAAAUAUAUGUCCCCCAACCUCACCUUUGAAAAAAAGCACAUCGAUGAACACGUUAUUCAUACCACCCUCUAAAUUACCAUUGAAAAGAAGUCAAAGCGAGUUGAAUUUGUACGGUAGAGAUAAGGGCAAAUCUGCGUUGCCAUUAAUUUUUAAUUCUUCAUCCUCGAUCGCUACUAUUGUAAAUAAACCUUCCACUUGUGAUAAAGUUAUACAGACGACUUUAUACGCUUACACUCAAGAAUCCGUUGGCGUCCAAGUUUCGGCUCUCGAGGAAGAGAAGCCACCGUUACCAAAGAGAGGAACUAGUUUGCAAAAGGGUUCGACAUUAAUGUUGAAGAAUCCAAAGGAUACGUACAAAGUUCAAAAUUCAAGGAAACAGAAAACCAAUGAAACGCAAAAUGCUGAAACGAACGGAGAAAGGAAGGAGAUAAAACCGCAGCAAAAUUAUUCGGAACAAUCGCAGAACGAAUCGACUAGGCAAACACCACAGCCUGAUACGGAAAAUAUAACAGGUAGGGCGAACAGCUUUGAGUAUUUUCCUGGUCAUGUAUACGAGAACGUUCCUAACGGAAGCGGUAGCCAUAUUUCAUCUUCAGAGACGGGAAGAUCUCAUUCUUCCCUGCCUAAUACCAGCUCCAGUAUUAACGAGAAAUUAUGGGGUGACUCGGAUAGCUUGGUAAAGGAUCUAGAACGAAGCGUGAAUAUUUUGAAGAGUCUGGUCGAUGCGAAUAAAUGCGACAAGGAAAUUAAGAAAAGACUGAUACAUCACGUAGUUAAGAGAUUAAUCACCGCCAAAUAUACGGAUGAUAAAAUUGAGCAUAAUUUAGAAGAUAACGUUCCGUGGAAUCCAGACGAUGCCAGGAGCAAAGUUUACGGUAGGGAGAUACUUCAGGCAAUAACGAAAAAUCAUAAUACCAGCGAUUCUUCGGUCGACUGGAAUUUGCAGAAGGAGUUGGCUCAGGGGAAAUCUACGAGGAGCGGAAAAGGUAUGGCAAAGAACGUUACAUCGGAAAGUAGUAGUGAUAAAAUAGAUAAAAAUACAGACAGAACGGAAACAGAUGGACGAAAAGCAAGGAUGGGUCUUAGAUCGGAUGAUUGCCAUCGAAGCAGCAAUACUAUGACCGACAAAAGCGAAAGUUCCGAAUGCUUCUUCCCGCAAAGAAGUCGUAAAGGGAACAAAAUGCAGGACAUAUUUUGCAUGAAAGAGUGUAAAAUGCAAAGAGAUUCGAAGAUGACGACAACUAGAACGACGACAAUGACAACAGCUACGACGAAUAAUACAAUUGAUCAUAAUCGAAUGUUAUUGGACGCGGUUGUUAACAACAGGAGAAAUGUUAUUCGUUCGAGCAAUACAGGGGAACAGGAUGACUGGAGGCUACUCACUACGUUUUCCGAAAGGCAAUUCGAGAUGAAGAAGCAUAGCAAUUCCGAUUCCGCAGAUUCGAAGCUAGUUAGUUAUGCUGAAAUGGAGAAAAGGAAUCAAUUGAUCUGGAUCACGAACGAGAUCAGCCACUUGUGCAAUCUAAAGAAAUUAUUGGAAGAGUCGCGAAGACCAGAUAGAUUGCGAACGUCUCCGAAAAAAUCGAGAUCGGGAAAUUUCAAAAGAAAACCGAUGGAAACAUCGUCGCACGAGUUGUCCAAAAACGAUUAUUGCAAUUGUUCGGAUACACAAGUUAAUUCGUUAGAAGAUCCAUGGUCUUCUCAUUGUAAUUUAGCGUGUCACCAUUCCAGCACAUCUACCAGUAUUAUUCAACAUAUUAAAAAGCGAAACAGUUGUGCGCAAACGGCAACAAAUAUUACUGGGGCUUUGUCAAAGACUGGUGGUGAAAUCGUGUCCGUCUCAAACUUGCACAAUUUCUCGAUUAAAUUAGUCAGUAUCGGUGUACAAACCAUACCUCAAGAAACGUCUACAAUUCCUGCUUUGAUACAGUCGGAAAUUGUACAUUAUGUCAAAUGUCCCGCGCACAGUUCGAUGCAGAUUCAAAAUAAUCACAAAUGCACCGAGCAAAUAAGCCAAUGCGUGAAGCAUCAUGCCAUUCAGAAUCUAGUUACUUGCAUGCAAUGCUCACAGGAACAAAAGGAACGAUUGAUCGUUCAGAAGGUGCACACAAAUAUCGAGAACUUUCAGGAGGAGAGUCCAGUUAGCUCGCAGACGUUUUCCGAUCAGACGAACGGUAACAGUAUCACCUCGAUGGAAAUACCUCAUCAUUGCGUUCAGGCCAGUUCAUCGAAGCAAAAGGAAACCAAGAAUCAAAUAAACAUUUUAAAGUUGAAAACUUGCGAUUGUAAAUGUGAGAGUAAAAAAAUAUUGUCGAAAGGAUGCCAAUGUAGCUCGUCAGUAAUUACAAUGGAAUGCAACAACGUUUCUAAAUGCGAGGAAUAUCAGAAGAAGAUGUUCCAUGCGCGCGACAAAGAGGAUGGAAACUCGAAAGAAUGUAACUGUACGGAAUAUGAUAACGAACAAUCGAAGAAAGGUCGGGCACCAAUGAAAUAUAGUUCAAAAGAUUAUCAGAUUAAUAAUGGAUACUCAUCGAGCUUGAAUCAAAAUGAUUGUAUCAAGUUGUGCGGUUGUUCAAACGAUUGUUUCUGCGAAAAUAAUCGCGAGCCGGAAGUUCAAAACUCAAAAAUGUUGUGUAGUUGCCAUUCAAAUGGGAGAGCUCAACACAACGGAGUUCACUUCCAUGGAGAAGUGGAAGAUUGUUCGGUUCAAUUGUGGCCUUAUUGGGUGAAUAAUGGACAAAUCAACGAAACGGCUCAGUACAAAGUACAAAGCAAUGUAAAAUGCAAAUGCGAGAAAGAUUGUUUUUGUAAUAAUAGGGGAAAAACUAGCGAGGAAAUAUCGCAUGGCAAAGCCUGCACCAGUGGCAAACCAAAUUAUGUAGACGAAGCGAAUCAAACGAGUGAUUCCGAUAGAAAUUGUAAGUACUGUUGUCGUUGCGGUGCAGCUUAUGUCAAGAAAUGUAAUUGUUAUCAAACGUAUCCGAAACCGAUCGCGUAUGAAUUGUCGUUCGCUAAAGAGAAUGGUCAGAAGAAUGAUAAUUUGAGUGCGUUGCCAAAAGUGCCAUUAUCAAAUCGUAGUAUUUACGAAAAUAAAAUAGAUGGCUGUGUUUGCAACAUGAUUAAAAAAGUUAGUUCAAAGAAAAAUUCUCCGCAAAAAAAUACUUUACAAGAUUAUUUGUCUAAGAAUAAAGCAGAUUUUGUAAAUAAUGCGGAAACGCGUCGACAGUACAUGUCGGAAAUAUCUCAUUUGCGUCAAUUGCGGAAAGAAAAACGAAUACAGUUGUUGGCUAUGGCUAGUACGUCGAAUGUUAUAAAAUCGACGAAAACUUCUUCUAAACCAGUUCCACAGAAGAAAAUGAGCAACGAACAGAUGAGGGAAAGAUUGCGGAAACGGUAUCUUCGUUUGAAUGAAGUGCGGUAUAAACGACUGCAACGGGAAAAGCAAGAAGAGGCGCGACGUAAUAAACUUAUGGCCAAAAUUUUUUGUAAGAAAUUACAGCAGAAGGUAUUGAGGGGCCAAGGCAAAUGCAUUGGAAAACUAAAUACGUAUCAUCAUGAAGUUUCCGGUGAAGUUUAUGCCGUCGACGAGAAUACGCUAUUGCUGAUUAAUUUUAAAUACGAUGGUAACGGAGCUGAUACAUUUUUCUUCGCUGGUGCAUCCACGCGAGCUGGUCCACACGGUUUUAUCGUGCCUGAUGAAUGGGGCAAAACAAAUGUCCUCGAUAAAUAUUUCAAUAAAAAUCUCACACUUAAUUUGCCAGAUGGUAAAACGAUAGCAGAUAUAAAAUGGUUUGCGAUAUACGAUUUAGGAAGUCAGAAUGUAUUCGGCGAUGUGAUUUUUCCCGAUGAAUUUCGUGCACCAGCACCAGCGACGAUUUCUCAAUUAAAAAAAUACUCUCAUGAAGUAUCUUCAGAGCCAAUUGAAAUUAUAGAUUCGAAAACUAUCAAAAUACCAAACUUUAAAUACAAUGGAGAAGGAAAAGAUACGUAUUUCUGGGUAGGAGAUGGCCCACAACCUUCUACAAGAGGAACAAAAGUUCCCGAUGAAUAUGGCUAUUUAGAUUCACUACACGCUUAUAGGGGUGAAGAUGUGAUCAUUCAAUUACCUGGAGAUAUGACAAUUUUCAAUAUCAAUUGGUUAAGCAUUUUCGACGUGGAAACUGCGUCAAAUUUUGGCUCUGUAAUAAUUCCAAAGGAAUUAAACGUGCCUCCUUCGUUAGUAAAAGUGAUCAAGCACACAAACAGUUUGCCAAAUUGUAUUCAACUUCACAAACGAUUUCAAGUUAGCUGGGAAAUAUUUGGUCCACAGAUCACUAUCCAAUUAGCAGGAGACAUAGGUGAGAAUGAAUAUAUGGCGUUCGGUCUAUCUGGAUCUGAAACAUCUAGCCAAAUGGAAGGUGCGGAUGUUGCAGUUGCUUAUUUAGAUAGUAUUAGAGGCUACGUGGUAGAUUACAACAUCACUGCCAAAGCACCAUGUGGAAAAGUUCUUGGUCAAUACAAGGGAGUUUGUAGAGACGAAUUAUUUGGUGGUUUGGAUAACAAUCAGUUGCACACUGCAUUUAAAGAAAAUGGAAUUACUGUUAUAAAUUACAGACGUACCCUUAACUCAUCUGAUCCAGGAGACAAAGAAUAUCCAACUGAUCGAUCUGUUUACGUGGUAUGGGCCUUAGGAAGAUUGAAUGAAAAUAGAGAGCCGACAUUCCACGAUUUAUAUCUGAAAAAUGAUUUGAAAUUAGAAUUGGCUCGUAAAGAACCUGAGGAUGCGUGCAUGGAUUUUACGGAAAAUAAUGAGCAAUUAGUAGUACCUUGGGAAAAAGUAAAAAUAUAUGGCAGAAGUAUUCGAACGUUCAAAGCAACGAUCGGUCCAUCCGGAGGCAAAAAGGGUUAUCAAGGAAUUACAGGACAACCAUCCACAGGUUUGGCAUGGUACAUCGAAGGUCGAUUGGUACCUGAAUUAUAUCUACGUCGUGGAUUGACUUAUAAUUUUCGUGUUUUCGGCGGUAAUAAUCCUCACAGCUCGAAUUUAUAUCACCCGUUGAUUAUAACUGAUGAAUUACACGGUGGAUAUGAUAAGCUUAGCGAUGCGGCACAAAGUAAUAUUAGAGUUUUGGCUGGAGUUGAAUUUACAAGAAGAGGACAGCCGAGACCAACCGCAGUUGGCCCACUUUGCUUGAGCAAACACAAUGGACGAGAUAGAAGACGAGAUGAUGAUUUUGUAACAUUCAAACAAUUCAAUAGAACAUUAAUAAAUACAUGUGAGCCAGGAGAAGGUGGAAAUUUAGAAAUUACACCGAAUUCCACGUGGCCAGACAUUGUUUAUUAUAAUUCAUUUACCCAUGCGAACAUGGGCUGGAAAAUACAUAUAGUGGAUAGUUAUUCAUCAAGUAACGCUGUUGUUCGACAAUUAUCGCUAAUUAUAGGAAUAACGGCUGUGUUUUUUCACUUUUUAUAAAAAUAGUUAUAAGUUAUUCAGGAUAAUAUAUUCUUUUUAAUAA